CGAAAUACGCACCAACUACUGUCCUAAAAAGAUCUAUAGUUAGAAUUGUUCAUUCAUCGUUUUUAUUAUACAUGAAUUUUAACACGUGACUUAUUUUUGUUGGAAAUCGUAACAACCAUCGUUUCUCCAUUUGCUAAAUUUUUCAAUUUGGUUAAACCAGCAGUGGUUAGAGAACCAGCAAUGCGAGCAACGAGAGCAAAAGAGACGAAAGCAUAUAUUCGCGAGCGCCAACCAAUAGCAGCGCGCGAAAUCAAAAUGUCACGACAAUUAUCAACAAUUUCUGGAAAACAAAAAAGCGCGCAUUAAUGUUGCAUGCACAGAUGGGUCCCAGUCGCGGAGAGCAAUUGUCACACAACAAACACGAGUCGUUCGAUUUUUUAUAGGUGUCAAAGUCAGUGAAAUUCAAUGUUUUUGUUUUCUGUUCCCUCGUACUGUGCUUGUUUACAUUUUACGUGUGCUCUUGACGUGUCAGCAAACUCCAGUGGAUUUUGCUUUGUUGUUAUAAAAGCCACAAAACAAAAGAUUAUAAAUUAAAAUUCAUUCCUUCUAAUAAAGUUUGACUGAAACAGUAUCAAAGGUGCAAUGGCUUCUAGCUGCAGAAAAAACGCUUCUGGUGAAGAUACGGUCGUAGAUCCUAAAAUGGGUUAUUUUUGUUUUGAUGUGUUACAUGCCCAUCUUUAUCAUCAGGAACAACCAGAGCCUCCGAAUUUCUCAAAUAAGCCAUACCCACUUUUUGUCACAUGGAAGAUUGGUAGUGAUCAGCGAUUAAGAGGCUGCUUAGGAACAUUCAGCGCGUUACCACUUCAUGAAGGACUUCGAGAAUAUGCAGCUUCAAGUGCUUUCAAAGAUUCUCGGUUUAACCCAAUAACAAAAGAAGAAAUUCCUAGGCUUCAUGUUGGUAUAUCACUCUUACUGGACUUUGAAGAUGGACGUGAUUAUGCAGAUUGGACUGUAGGAUAUCAUGGUAUUCGAAUUGAAUUUAUAAGUGAGAAUGGCCAUAGAAAAACUGCAACUUAUUUGCCUGAAGUGGCUCAUGAACAAGGUUGGGAUCAUAUUCAAACUAUUGACUCUCUUCUACGUAAAGGAGGCUUCAAAGGUAACAUCACACCUGAUGUUAGAAAGAGCAUUAAAUUAACAAAAUACAGAAGUGAAAGAAUGUGUAUUAGUUAUGAGGACUAUAAAAACUAUUGGUGUAGUAGUAGGGAACGUUGAAAAACUCAGGACUCUAUAGAAGACUCUAAAUUAAUUAUCAUUGAUUCAUUUUGAAAAAACCUACUUAGAUAAGAAUAUGCAUUGUUUUAUAUAAUACUUUAUCUGACUUUUAAACAUAGAUUGACGCUGUAUACAUUUACAAUUUUUUUUCAAUUGUAAAAUACUAUGAGUGAUAUAACAAGUAUAAUGAGAAAAAAAUUA